GGAUCCAUUGUUCUGACAACAGCGAAGACACAAGGACUUGGGUCGAUCCAGACAUAGCCAUGGCUCUGAAAAUAUCCUUCCCUGUGCUCCUGCUGUCCCUCAUCCUGCUGGGGGCUUGGCUGGCUCUGGCCAGUGGGCAGCUGUGGAACGAGAAGAAUGACAAAUUCCUGCUGAAGCACUGGAAUUACCCCAGGAGCGAGGACUCCAAUGGCACCUACUGCGACACUAUGAUGCAGCACCGGGAGAUGUACGGCCAGGAGGCCAACACCUUCAUCCAUGCACCCAUAGGAUCCAUCAAUGGCAUCUGCAACCUGGGUGGGACGCCCGGGAAGCCAAAUGAACGCCACAGCGUCGCUCCCUUCGACAUCACCGUCUGCGCCUUUAACUCGACGAGCCGCACCUACGCCGGGACACGCUAUGUCCGCAGAAUUGUCCUCGCCUGCUGGAAAGGGCUCCCCAUAGACUAUGUGAGGCACAUAUAG